AUGGGCCGCGCGGUAAAUCCGGAGGACGACAACUGGUUCGGUAUCCAGGAUCCUCGGAAGAGGAAACAGAUCCAGGAUAGGCUCGCUCAACGAGCUCGAAGGAGGCGACUGGCCGAGUCCAAGAAAUGCGGUCCUUCGUCCUCCUCCGCGACGGACUCCGAUACAGGCGAUUAUACCAGUGCCAGUGGUGGUGUGAGACAGCCCAGCCGACGUUGUGAGCAAGGCUCUCCUUGCCUGGUGCCGAGGAUACCACGGUCUCCUUCCGGCUCUUACUACCAAGCACUAGUCCCGACCAGCAAUCCAGAUCGGUCUUUUAUGUGCCAGUUACCAGGUUCAGUCUACGCCGCACUCUUCAAUAACGGUUCGAUGAUGGGCAUUGCGUGCUCGGUGAACGUCCCAGAUAUUUCCCGCCCCACCGGCCCAGAUAUCCCCGAGUCACUACACCCGACGAAGCUACAGCUCACCACUACUCAUCCAUUGUGGAUCGACCGGUUCCCCUUUCCCAAGAUGAGAGACAACAUGAUCACGCUGUUGGGAAUCAUCAACGAGGAAGAGUUUCUCCGCGACUUGUUCUGCCUGACGAGUUUUAGCCUCGAACCCGGGUCUCCUCCCUGGGAUCCUGCAGGAUGGAAGAUUGGGAGAGAAUUCUCGGAGAAGUGGGGUUAUUUGUUUUAUUGA